AUGGUCAUCUAUUCUUUAAAUACAAAAGCUGAUGAACAUGAAAUAAUUUUAAAUAACCUCAAACAACAGUAUGAACAAGAAAAAUGUCAAUUGGCGAAAGAAGCAUCGAAAAAAGUCGCUGAUUUACGUCAGCGUGUAGAAACUCUAUCAUUAAAAAAAAAAACACAAAGUUCAAGUUUGGAAGAAAAAAUUUGUAUUCUAGAACUUGAACGACAAUCUCAAAAUGAUGAAAUAAGUCGUUUACAACAAGUGAGUAAUGAUCGUGAACGAACAAUAUCAGAAGAAUUUCGAACAAAAUUAUCUCAAGUUAAACAACGAUUAGAAAAUAUUAAAGAACAAUUUACAAUUAAUUUUGAUGAAAAAUUAAAAUCUUUAGAACAAAAACAUCAAUAUGAUAUUCAAUUAUUAAAAGAAAAACAUCAGCAUGAAUUAGAUUCAUUAAAAAAUGAAUUGAAACAAUUAUAUGAUAUUGAAAUAACAGCACAAACACAAUAUUAUAAUCAAUCGGUUGAACUUUUACGAACAGAAAAUAGAGAAUUAUGUGAUAAAUAUGAACAACAACUACAAAAUAUUAGAGAACAAAAACAAAUAAAUGAACGAGAAAUUCAAUAUGAAAAUGAUUUACAAAAAUUAACAAAAGAAAUUCAAUAUAAUCGUUUAGAACAUGAAAGACAAUUGAAUGAAAAAAAUUUAGAAUUAAAACAGAAAACAAAUGAAUGUGAUCAUUUAAGAAAUGAAUUAAAAGAAAUUGAAAAUAAUUUACAUUCAAGAAGCGAAAAUAUAAGUUCAUUAAAUGAACAGUUAAUGAAACAACGAAUUGAUUAUGAGCAUUUACAUAAUCGCUGUGAAUUAACAACAACAGAAUUAAAUACGGUCAAAGAACGAUUUAAUAGACAAUCAAAUGAUUUAGAAGAAAAACUGAAAUUAACAGCAGAAAAAGAUUUAAUUAAUCGGCAAUUGAAUACGGAAUUAGCACAAUGUAAAAAGCAAUUACAAUUAAAUAUUGAACGUUUGAAACAGUUGGAAUCUGAACGAAAUGCACUUUUAUCCAAAACAGAAACAACAUCGAGUUUUCUUGAAUUAAGAAUUGUUGCACUCGACAAGACAAUUAAUGAAUUGACAAAUGAAAAACAACAAUUAUUAUUAAAAUAUGAUAAUGAAUUAGCUGAAUUACGUUUAACUUAUGAUCAACAAGUGAAAUUAUGUAAAACAGAAAUGCAAAAUGAAAUUGAUCGAUUAAAAGAAAAUUUUAAACAAAUAUUGAAAGAUGAACAAGAAAAAGCACAUGCAAAUCUUUUAGAACGAGAACAACAAUUACGUGAACAAUAUGAAACUGAGAAAAUUCAAUUACUAAAUGAAUGGAAAAGUGAAAUAAAUUUAGAAAAAUCUCAACAAGAUGAUGUUAAAAUACAAUUAAAAAAUUUAAAAGAAAAAUAUCAAAAUGAAAUACAAGAUUUAAAACAACGUUUACAACUCAUGGAAAAAGAUUUUCAUACUGCACAAUUAUCUAUGACACAAAUGGAAUCAACAAAUGUUGACUAUAAAAAUCAAAUUGAAAAAUUAUUAAUUACAAUAGAUGAUGAAACAAAAACAUCGUUACAAAUAAAAUCUAAAUAUGAUGAUUUAAAAUCUCAGUAUGAUGAAUUAAUAAAUAGUUCAACAAUAAAAUUAAAAGAAGAAUUAGAAAAAUUAUCUACACAAUUGAAUGACAAAUGGUCAAAGACAUUAAAAUCUGAAUGUGAAAAAAUUCGUCUUGAAUUACUUCAUCAAAAAGAUGAAGAAAAAAAUUUAUCAAUUGAAGAAUUAAAACGUUUAAAAGAUAAUGAAUUAUCAUUGUUAAAAGAAAAAUGGCAUUUAAAAUGUAAAGAUUUAGAAAAUCAAUUAGAUAGUGUUAAAAAUCAAUUAUUAAGUGAACAACAACGAUAUAAAGAAGAAACAUUAGUGUCCCUAAAAAAUGUUAAUGAAGAUAAAAAACGGACAAUAAAUGAAUUUAAUUUAAAAAUUCAAGAAUUAACAACACAAAUACAACGUUUACAAUCUCAAAAUCAAGAUGAUUUAUUUCAACAAAAAAUACAAAUUCAAAAAGAACAUGUUCAACAAUUAAAUGAAUUAAAAACUCAACAAAUGGAAGAUAUUCGAGCACAACAACUUGCUCAUAAUAAUCAUUUAACAAUGAUAAGAAGUGAAGCAGAAAAAACAAAACAUUUAGAAUUGGAAAAGCAACAUGCAAAAUAUCAAACAGAUCUAGAAAAUGUACAAAAAGAUAAUAAACAAAAAUUUUUAAAUGAAAAAGAAGAAUUAACUCGUUCUCAUGUUAAAGAAGUAGCCGCUAUUCGUGCAGAAUUAGAGCGUGCUAUUGAAAUUACUAAGAUCAAGGAACGAGAAGCUGAUUUACGUAUUGAAGAUUUAACAUCCGAUUUACAAUCUAGACAAGAUCGUGUUGAUACAUGUAUGAAAGAUUUGGGUGAAUUACAAUUAUUGGUUGAAAAUUUACGCGUAGAAAUUGAUAAUCGCAGUAAAGAAAUUCAACGAGUACGAUCAGAAGCAAAUAAAGAAAUCAAAUCUCGAGAAGAAACAUUAAAUUCCAUGAAUGAACAAAAAUUAAAAGAAUUAAAUUCAAAGCAUACCAAUGAUCAACAACUCUUAAUACAAGAGUUUACAAAAGCUCAUGAAAUGUUAAAAGCAAAAGUUAAUGAAUUACAAAUACAACUUGAUCAAGCUGAACAACGUUAUCGAAAUCGUGAGUCAAGACCCGAAGAUCUUGAAUUAAUAGCAAAUUUACAUCAAACAAUUGUAUCGUAUCAAGAUCAAUUGAAGAAAAUUCAUGAAGAAAAGAAACAUUUAAAAAUGGAAUUAGUCAAUCGUGAGACGAAUUUUAAUAAAGUAUUUUCAAAUGCACCAACUUCAAAUGUUGGUGUAAUGAAUCCACUAUCGUUUAACACGAAAUUUGUUUCAAAAGCUGAUGCAUUACCAUCUCGCCUUAAAUCUCAAUCACCUAGACCGCCCCGAUUGGAUCCAUUGCCCUCAACAACCGGUGUACCUCAUGAUUUAACACUCAAUCCAAAUAAACCAUUACCACCAAAAAAAUAUGUGAAAUGA